AGGAGAAGGAGAAGGAAGAAGGGACUAUCCUUUUCAUCAUCGGCGGCGGCGGCGGCGGAGUAAGUGGGAGGGGAAGCGAUGGCGGAUGGGGUGAUGAAGAAGGCACUGCUGUCGUACGCCUACGUCGCGCUGUGGAUCUUCCUCAGCUUCACGGUGAUCGUGUACAACAAGUACGUGCUCGACCCCAAGAUGUACGCCUGGCCCUUCCCCAUCAGCCUCACCAUCAUCCACAUGUCCUUCUGCUCCGCCCUAGCCAUCCUCCUCGUCCGCAUCCUCCGCCUGGUGGCGCCUCCCUCGUCCCCGCCCAUGACCCGCCGCCUCUACCUCUCCUCCGUCCUCCCCAUCGGCGCCUUCUACUCCGUCUCCCUCUGGUUCUCCAACUCCGCCUACAUCUACCUCUCCGUCUCCUUCAUCCAGAUGCUCAAGGCCCUCAUGCCCGUUGCUGUCUACUCCAUCGGCGUACUCUUCAACAAGGAGACCUUCAGGACCUCCUCCAUGCUCAACAUGCUCUCCAUCUCCUUCGGCGUCGCCAUCGCCGCCUACGGCGAGGCCCGCUUCGUUUCGACCGGCGUCGCCCUCCAGCUCGCAGCCGUCGCCUUCGAGGCCACCCGCCUCGUCUUCAUCCAGAUCCUCCUCACUUCCAAGGGCAUCUCCCUCAACCCCAUCACCUCCCUUUACUACGUCGCCCCCUGCUGCCUCGCCUUCCUCCUCGUCCCCUGGUCCCUCAUCGAGCUCCCCAUUCUCCGCGACCGCUUGGCCGCCUCCGCAUUCCGCCCCGAUCUCCUCAUCUUCGGCACCAACUGCCUCUGCGCCUUCGCCCUCAACCUCGCCGUCUUCCUCCUCGUCGGCAAGACCUCCGCCCUCACCAUGAACGUCGCAGGCGUUGUUAAGGACUGGCUCCUCAUCGCCUUCUCCUGGUCCGUUAUCCGCGACACCGUCACCAGCAUCAAUCUCUUCGGUUAUGCCAUCGCCUUCCUUGGUGUUGGCUACUACAACCACGCCAAGCUGCAGGCGCUCAAGGCCAAGGAGGCGCAGAAGAAGGCCGCCCAGGCUGAUGAAGAGUCUGGGAAGCUCCUUGAGCGAGCGGCAGGCGGCAACCGGAAGAAUGACUCCCAGGCUUGAUCUGCCCGUGCUCUGUUCUGCUGAUGGAUCUCUUCAUUCAUUAGCUUAUUCAUCGCUAGUAGUACAUUUCGGAAA